CUUAUAAGAUUUACCAAGCUUAAUCACCAGAGAUGAAAGAGCUCUUAAAAAACAUAAAAAAAAAAAAAACAACAACCAGGAAACAAUUAUAAUAAUAAUUAUAGAGAAUCUUAUUACAUCUAGAUUUACAUCUAGAUCUAAUGUAGACUACAAUCUAGAUCUUUAAUAUGGAAACCACUAGACAGAUGAAUCUAGACUAGUCUAGAUACUAGAUCUGUAAUGGCAAUGCUAGCUUUGAUGACACCUUACCAAAACAUGUCUUGGAUUAAGACAAUAUUGCUGAUGUUUUUAAUAACCAUUGUGCAUCAGUCCAAUGAGUAUGGCGAGUUAGACUUAACGAAUGAAGAACAAUCGUCACUGGGUGUUUAUGGUGAAACCUAUUACUUAGUUGGAGAAGAACUGAAUUUAGUUUGCAAUAUAUCAAAGGUAUCUUUUGACAAUGGAGACUGCACAGCAUAUACUUUGCAUUUUAAUAAAAAGCAAACUAAAAUUGCAAAUGGUGACAAGACUCAUAUUAACUCAAACUACAUUAAAGUAGAGAAUAAUUUUACAGUGGUUCUCUCCAUUCCAAACUUGACUAUUGAUCAUUAUAAUGAAUAUGAGUGCUGUUCUGGUGAUAAUGAUUGUGGAUGUAAUCCAUGGGAAACGAAUGAUGAAUGUGGAUGUAUUGGGUCAGAGGACAUAUAUAUCCAAUAUGGUCCUCAACCUGUGGUAAAUGUUACUUGCAUUGUUGAUAAUUGGACUGUAAAUUUGUUUUGUACCUGGCAACAUCCUGUGCCGUAUAACAUGGAUCUUAAUGAUACCAAGGUUUCUGUCUAUGAAAACAGCUCUUUAGUGUGUUUUGGUCAACUUUUGAAAGAGUGCUCAUGGCCAGCUAAUACAUUUGUUAUUAAAGACAUUUACAACAUAACUAUUACUGUUACUAAUACUGAAAGGAAUAUCUCAGCAAGCUCCUUUACCUCUGUUCACAGAAUGGACAAUGUGAAACCUGCACCUGUUAAUGAUUUGAAAAUAAUUAACUUAGAAAAUGGAUGUUUGAAUUUGUCUUGGAUGCACGAGUCAAAGGAGUUAAAAAGAUUUAAAAUUCUCUCUAAAGAAAGUGGGCAACCUCUAGAGCCAUUGACAGAUAACUUGACAGUUGAAUACUUUGAAAAGUGUAAUGUCAAACUUCAGACACAAUACUCAUUUUGUGUAAGCACAUUCCCAUUGGGGAGUGAUAAAGGCUUUUGGAGUGAUGAAAAAUGUGUCAACAUCAUCCCAACAGUUGUAGCUAUUCCAUCACUUGGACCAAAGAACAGCAGUUAUACAGUUUCUGAAGUACAAAAUGGCUCUUAUAAUAUCCAAAUCUAUUGGCAGAAACCUGAGACAAAUGAUUUUAUCACCAACUACCUCAUUACACAAAAUGGUCAACUUUUAGCUAAUGUUACAGCUGAAACAUACACAGCUUCAGUACAACUUAACUGUAACUGUAACCACACCAGGUUGGAGCUUUUUGCUGCUAAUGAAAAAGGACAAUCUAAAUAUCCUUCAAAAUUACUCCUCCUUCUGAACAUUGAUGUUCCAACUAGAGUCAAAACUUCAUUUUCUAUUGAAGUAAAUAAUGGUCUGAGAGCAGUUUGGGAUACAGAUGACAAAAUGGCUUACUCAGUAUACUGGUGCAAAGGAAAAUAUCCCAUUUGUGAGGAACAAAUCAAUUGGACAACACUGUCAUUGCUAAGUACCAGUUAUGCACUUCCUAACUUGGAGAGUGACCCUGGUCUUUAUAUAUAUGGUAUCAGUGUAUUGAAAGAUGGUAAUUGGUCAAGUAUUUAUUGGACAAGCUGUUUGUAUCAUUUAAAUCCAUCAUCAGUUCCAGCCCCCAAUGUUAAUGUCAACCCUUAUGAGAAUUAUAUGAUUGUUAAAUUCAGUUUGGAAUGUUCUUAUGACAACAGAGUCAAACUAACAAGCUAUAGUAUCCAGUACUGUGUGCAGAUAAAAUGUAAUGAUCCCAUGCAGGUGAAAACCUUGUCAGUCUCAGCGAAAGAGUCACAGUUAGCCAUCAACUCACUUAGUCCCAAAACUUUUUACCAGAUAACUGUGAGAGGAAUAAGUGGUAACACCACUGGUCUAGAAGCUGUACUGGAAGUAGCAACUAAGGAGGCCAGUGUGGAACAAACUUGGAUUGUGGCAGCUGUCCUUGGACCAGUUUGCCUUUUGACUUUGAUAAUUGUUUCUGUCAUCAUGUUUAGGAAAUGUCAUCGGUCUAAGCAGAAGGCUAAUAUGUACCUUCAAUCUGAAGAGUUUUCUUAUGACAAAAAGAAUUCUCAAGCUUUGCAGCCUGUGAAAGUAAACGACUCAUAUCCUUUGAAUGAAAGAAUCUAUGAUUCUUCAAAAUCAAACAGUUCUAGACAAUCUCCUCCCAAUACUUCUAACAGUGCUUAUUUAAAAAUUACAUUGGCUUCAUCUGAUACUGACAAUGUCAAACCUUUCCAGCAAAUGAACAAGCCCCCUGCUGAGAUGGAACUUAUUGAAAUAAGUGUUGGAUUAAGCAAAACUAAUGACUCACAAGUGACUAGCCCUACUGAAAAAACUUGUGUGAGCAGCUGUGAAACGAAAGCUUUUCAACUGUCCAAUACUAAAAUAGAAUCUAUUGCUUUUGUUGACAAUGCCAAAUCUGUACAGAAUGACAAAUCCCCAGGAGAGGAAAUACAUCAUGGCAAUUCUAUGACUUCAUGUCCUAACCAGAACCUGUUGAACUUGACUAAAGAACCACAUGUAAACAAUUCUCCUGCCACCAGUUCAGACCCAUACAUGAAAAUGGAUUAUAUUCCUGUACCUGGCAAUUGUAAGUCAGUUCAUGCAAGUGAUCAGCUCUCUUCAACAAGGACACCACAUGAAAACAGUGAUGUUUCACUUUGUAGUUUUAUGGAAGAAACAUUUUCACCACAAAUAAAUGUGGAAGCUGAUUCCAGUUUUUAUUCUGACCAAUCAGAUGAUAGUCUUAAAAUACCUUCCUUUUUGAACAUUAAUCCAUCAUCAGACUGAAAUCCAUACUGUGCACUAAAUUAUCUACUGUUUGUCUUACUUAUAGAACAGCACUGGGUUUUCCAUUGACACUUUUCAUCUGCAGAUCAGGUUUUUAUUUCUGUCUUUUUUAUUUACAGAUGGAAUCCUCAUCACUAUUGAUAUUAUGUAUGGAAAUCCAAAUGUUCUUUGUUGUACAUAAUAAGUCUCUGCUUGUCCAUAGAAGUGCUGAGUUCAUUUUAGAUGCUUAUACACCUACUCAAUUUUUCUUCCUGUACACAUUGAUAAUUGAUUUUUACUUUUCAUUGUUGAUAUUUUAAAACUGCAAAAUCAAUACUCAAUUGUAUAAUAUAUACUAUAAAAAAUAUUAAUUAGCUGAGAAGUUAUUAAGUUGUGACCUUAGUUUCAACUAAUACUUGGUAGAGUUAACAGACUAAUAACAUGGUGUGCACAAUUUUCUAAUUUUCCAUUUUUUUUGUUUUUGUUUUGUUCACCAAUAUAACUUUUAAAAAAUGAGAUACUUUUAUACACUUUUUUAGACUACAAAUAGAAGUAUUAAUUUUUUGAGAUGAGAAUAAUCCCUGUCAUUUAAUAUCCUUGGUAUAAACAUGUUGUCCCCAGGCUCUUUAUCCCCUGACAUCUCAUCCCCUGGCAUUUCAUCUUUUAUGCAGCUUUGUUUAAUACUGAUUUCAAAUCAUUGAAUUGAAGUAAGCCAUCCCUACUCAUUUCAUCUAAUAAUUUUAAAACUGUAUUGCCUGCUAGGGCUUUACAAAUGUCUUCCAAACUCAUUUCAUGUAAUAGUUUUAAAGGAUAUAUUUUGUGGAUAUUUUCAACCUAUUCUUACAUUGUGACUACCUCUCAAAUUCAGCAUCUUAUCUACAACAGAUAAAUUAUUAGGACUAGCUAGUAUAAAAAGAAGAGGGGUUUCCUUUUUCUUUUUACAAAGCUUCUAUCAACUCACUCUGUCUGGCCAAAGGUUUGUACACUUUAUUUCUCCAAUACCCAAUCUCGGAUGAAGCUAAAAUUUUGCACAAUAAAAAUAAAAAUUAACCAAUUAGUUAAUCAACUAUUAGUAAUAAAUUAUUUUGUUUGGUAAAGCAAUAGUACUUGACUGAAGUGGUGGUAUAAACUGAAUCCUUUAUUUUAGCUCGUCUUCUGAGUGAACACAAACAUGAAAUAGAAGCAAUAGAUAGCUAUACAAUCUUCCAUGUUUAUAGACUCUUCACUAGCAGAGUGAUACCGCAUUAGCUUGAGAAGGCUUUAGCCCACGAGUUUGAAUUCAGGUUUUUCCCUUUUUAAAAAAAACAAAACUUUUAAAACCCAGAUGAUUAGUUUUUCCUCCCCCUUUCCAACUGGUCCAGCCAAGUGAUAGGAUCAUAGCGUAUAUUGAGAAAGCUAAAAGCAUAAAAUUGCUCUAAAGAAAAACAAUUGGUAAAAAGUAUUUUUUAUCUCACAGAUUUUUUACAGUUAGUCUAGAUCUAUUACAAAUUUAAUUACAUUAAUUAAAUUAAUUUAAUUUAAUUACAUGACUGAUCCAAACUAAUUAAUACACUUAAUAUAAGCUUUGUUUUUUUAAAAAGUAUUUUUUUUUUUUUCUUGUUUAAUGUUUGACUCAAUCUUCCCUUUCCUAGUGAACCAAAAGAGUGUGGUAAUAGCAUUGGGGUAGCAAACAAAUUUUUAUUGAGAAAUUACACAUUCUUUAUGAAUAUUUAAUUAAUAAUCUGUAUAUGCUAAUGAAGAGAUAAGUCUUUAUUAUAAUCUUGAGAUCAUUGCAUUAAUUAUUUUUCCCGUAGAUCUUAAUAAUACUUAUCUAAAUGCACUGUUUGUUUUUUUUCAUUUUGUUCAAAAUAGAACUUAUAUUGAUUAUGGCAAAAAUAGAACUUAUAUUGAUUAUUGACUAUAUAAAUUCUUGUAUUUAUGCAUUACUUUUAUGUCCUGUUUCUUUGAGUUAUUAUUCUUAUAGUUCACAUUUCUUGCAGUAAAUGACCUGAGGAUGAAGUAAAAAGAAUAUUUUUGUCAUUUUCAUGAUGAUUAGUGAUGUAAGUUUAUACUUAAUCGUGACUAUAGUUGAUAAUGAUUCUAUUUUGUACAUUUGGUAAACUUGUUUUGUAAUAUUUAACUGUUUUUAUUUUUUAAACAAGACCCUUUACACAGGUUACAAUCCUCUUAUAGAAAAACUGUCUCUAUACAGAUUGAUAGUUUAGUGCCUCUAAAGGUUUUAUGUCUGUAAAUAGUUAUUUUGUUUUAAAAUUGUUUAAAGUUUUGUUUUUAAAUUUACCUCAAAAUUAAAAACCUUUUUACUACUACUAAUAAUAAAAACACAAAAUGGGCAGCAGCUUUUUCCUUUAAAGAGGUUGUUUUUCACUUUUGAGAUUCACUGUUAAUCAGCCAAAAUGUUUGAUGUAAAUACAUGUUAUUUAUUUUUCAUUCAAAUGUUUACCAUAGUUUAACUGACCGAAAGUAAAUUUAAACUUGAGAAUAUUGUAUUGAAGCUACUCAUAAGCUCCUCAGUUCAGUCAGUGUAAUGUAGUUUUAGCAAAAACAAAUUCAGUUACUUCUUGUUUCAAUUUAUUUCAUUUUUGCUUAGCAUUCCAACAUUAAUAUUCAUUUUGUUGGUCAAUUGUUUUACAACACUUUGUAUUGUCUUUGUUGGUCAGUGUUGUACACUGUUAUAUGUGUAUUAUUUUUGGAGAUUAUAAGGUUGACUUGUUCAAAUUAUUAUUUUUUUUACAUUUUUUGAAAAAUGUGCUCAACAUCAGCAUUAGCUUUAUUCUAAACUUGAAAUCAAUCAAUUAUUUUUUUAGUAAAAUACAAACAUGAAUUUGCACAAUUUUUGUUUUCCUUCUGUUGAACAUAUGCUUUCAUAUUUUGAAAUUGUCAUGGAAAGAUUCAAAUGUUGUUGUUAUGUUUCCUGAUAAAUUGUUGCUAUCAUUGAUGUGCAAAGUUUUUUCUUAAACAUUUGAUAUUACACAUGUUAUUAGUAAGUUGUUAAUCUACUCAUCAGCAAUUUUUUUCUUGCUUUUAUUUACUAAAAACAACCUUUUUUUUUUAUUAAUCAUCUGUAUGUUUUUUCAUUUUUUUUAAAAUUGUGAAAUUAACCUUGACCUGCGUUCCAGUGUCUUCAUGGUCAUGAAAUAAAAAAAAAUGCCUUAAUUCAUUAAAAAAUAGUUUUUAAGCAUUUA